AUGGCCUGGUGGUACCGGCUGCCCCUGGCUCUGCUGCUUCUCUGGGUCCCAGGCUGUUUGUCCCUGAGUGGCCCCAGCAGAGUGACAGGCACAGUGGGGGGAUCCCUGAGCGUGGAGUGUCGGUACGCGGAGAAAUACAAAGACAAUAGCAAAUACUGGUGCGGAGCCCCAUGUUUGUUACCGUGGAAGAUUGUGGAGACCAAAGAGUCAGAGAGAGAAGUGAUGAGGGGCCACGUGUCCAUCAGGGACCAUCCUGCAAACCUCACCUUCACAGUGACCCUGGAGAGCCUCAGAGAGGACGAUGCAGGAACGUACAUGUGUGGGAUCAUGGUACCAUUUUCACUUGACCCCACCGUCCAGGUUGUGGUGUCUGUGUUCCCAGCACCGGUGUCCACCCGCCCUACGACUGCGGCCGAGACCUCGACGAUCACAAUCAAUAUUUCAACGAUGUCAUUCACCACCCUGGCCAUGGCGAGUCCCACCUACAGCGCCAGCGACGCGGAGGAAGCCAUGCAGGGGUGGGGGCUCCAAGUGCCGCUGGCCUUGUUAGCACUUCUGCUGCUUCUUUUGGGGGGCAUCUCACUGCUGGCCUGGAGAAUGGUUCAGAGACGGAUCAAAGCUGGUGAGAAUCCAGAGCCUCCCCAGAACCCCAGUCGGGCUGCUGAGCAAAGUGAGCCCUGCUAUGAGAAUCUAGAGCUGCACGUGUGGCCCCUUCUGGAACAGCCCGUUCGACCCACACAGGCGGAGGUGGGAGACAGCACCUUGGGGCUCCCCAGUGAAAACCUUCACUACACCUCAGUGGUAUUUGAUUCCCGAAGCCAGGAUUCUAAGAUGGACAGAAUUCCCUCCCAGAAGCCCCAGACGCAGGAGUCAGUGUACAGCGUGGUUAAGAAGACAUAAGCUUGUGUCUCCAGCCUUGCCAACUGGAGGGCUCUGCGGGUCACAGGAGGCCCAGGGCUCAGCCCCCACCCACGUCUGCCUCCACCUGCUCCCCUUGAUGUUGAUCGACAAGGCAGCAGGGCUCCCCAGGACUGUCCGUCUUGUGCCAUCAGCCAGGCUGGCUUCAUUGAGGACGACCGGGAAUGGGGUUCUGGAUGGACCUGUGGGAAACCUUCCAUCCUACUGGCUCUCGAUGCAUCUUUCCCGUCUUCUCUGCUUCAUCCCAGCUCUGUGUGUGGAGGGCAGGAGCUCAGCCCCAUGUGACUCCAGGAAAAGAUGUGGCUCAUGUAGGGUGGUACCUUCGAAUAGUUUUGUAAAUCACAGCCCCAUGGAAAUGUCUGGGAUUGCUGGGGAGUGGGGAGAACUGAUGGAGACCCAGAAGAAUACAAAGGCACUGAAGGCUGGGUCCCCCUCAUCUUACAGACAAGGAGACUAAGACCCAGAGAGAAGAGAGUCUUGCCCAUGGCUCCAGAAC